AUGGCUCAGAGAGAAUUUUCGAACAAUCCAGAACUUGAAGAAAUUAAGCUAACGGUAAAUUUGUCGCCACCUUCACAAAAAGGCAAAACAUAUGUUAAAGCUCUCUCAUUCACCGCUAGCAAGAUAACGUUUUCGCAUCAAGUUCAAGCUAGUAAUAGAGUUUUCAGAUCUGCGGAAGCGGGUAAAUUCUUGAUAGUUGAUUUUCAAAAAUUGCGUUUCGAAAAACAUUCAGCAUCAGAAUAUAUAAUAAGAAUCCUUACUGCUGGUAUUCUUUUAAAUGACAACCGAUAUCAUUAUUUCGGGCAAAGUAAUUCACAUUUAAAACAGAGAAAAUGUAUAUUACUUCAAGCGAGCCAACGAGAAAUCAAACAAAUUCUUGAUGGUUUCGGUGAUUGGUCUAUAUUUACAAGCGUUGCCAAGCUAGCAAAGAGAAUAGGCCUAUUAUUUACAGCUGGUGAUUCAGUACUCAAAUUACCCUCUGAAAAGUAUGAUAUUAUCGAUGAUGUGGAACGGAAUAAUUUUAACUUUACUGAUGG